AUGUCCCGGAGGACGCUGGGUGGAGGUCGUGUUCUAGGCCCCGCGAACGCUCGUUCUCCAUCCGCUGCUGCGAUCCCGUCUCCGCAACUGAACCAUCCAAGGAACCUUGUCUUAUCGCCCUCCGCCAGCAGUCUUUCCCUCAGUUCCCAGGCGUCCACUUCUCAAUUCUCGUCCGAAGCCCAAGAUCUGACCUCGCGCAUCUCCCUCGAAAAUGCCUCCGCCGCGAUACCUGCCGCUCCGGCGGCUGCCGGAGCUCAGCUGGUCUGUCCGAUUUGCAGUGAAGAGAUGGUACUUCAACGCUCGCUACCUUCGUUGAUCGGCGCCACACAGCUAAUCCCAAUUUCCCUCCUGCUCUCCGCUAGACACAUCGAUGACGUACACCAAAACCUGGAAGAUGAUCGGCAAGACGAAGUCAAAGAUUGGUUCAAGACGCAGAUGGACAAAGCGAAGCGGUUCCAACCUCUUGCGGUGUUGAACCAGAAACUCAAGGGGCUCGACGUGUUCGAAUCGAACGAGAACCUCCAGCUGCCCUUCGCGGGGCCGAGUCGCGCGUCGUCGUCCGGCCCGACCGCAUCAACCCAUUCACAUGCGAAUCAUCUGCCGCCACCGCCGCCGUCGUCGGAGAGACCGCUCGAUCCAGAUAAUAUCAUUACGAAGGAACAUUGGCAGGGUCGGACCCUGUACGACUCGUGCUUGGAACCGUCGUGCGGGAAGCGGCUGAACACGACGAAUGGCUGCGUCAACUGUCGCAAGUGCGGGAAGCUGUUCUGCGAGGAGCAUACGAUGUAUCAGAUGAAGCUGUCGAGAUCGGCGCAGCAUGAGCCGGUCCGGGGUCUGUGGUGUCGGGUUUGUGAGACUUGUUACAAGUCCAGGGAGGGGUAUAACGAUCAUACUGGCUUGACGCGAGACCGGAUGGAUGAAUUCAAGGCUGUCCGGAAACAUACGGUCGACAAGGCGCUGCUGGAGGUUUCGCGUCUGGAGAAACGUCUGACGCGACUCACACAAUUGUUGGCGAGCUUGCCGGUGGAUCAGAUCCAAUCGAACGCCAACAAACUGUGGUCGCUUUCGUGGCAGGGCGACCAGCGGAAAGCUCUGGAGCAGACUAUCGUCAGCUGGCAGGACGAUGCAAGCGUCCUCCGCUGUCCCUUUUGCCAGCAGGAAUUCUCCAGCUACUCUUUCCGCAGACAUCAUUGCAGAACUUGCGGACGGGUUGUAUGCGGUGAUCCUGCAACGGCCUGUUCCACCGAGGUUCCUCUGAGUAUAUCGUCCCAGUCGGCAGUCGCUACCACACCCGCGGAGAAGUCAGAUCGCGCCGGCGUGAUCAAUGUAGAUGUCAGGCUAUGCAAGGACUGUCGUUCGACCUUGUUCGAUCGACGCGAUUUUGAGGCCGAACUCCUCCGGAAACCCCCAGCUGUGAGGGCUUAUGAGAACCUCACACAGUUCGAGAGAGGCAUUCGGCUCUUGUUACCGAAGUUUCAGAAGCUCCUAACAACUUUGCAAGAUCCUCGACGACCGCCCUCAUCAGCACAGAUCGCGGAAGCUUCCAAGGUCCGUAAACGACUCACGGACUCGUUCGCCCAGUAUGAUGUCGCGGCCAGACGGAUCCGGGAUAUGCCGACGGAGUCGCCCACACAACAGCGCCUGCAGAAGGCCAUCUAUCAGCAGGCAAGCAAUUUCCUGCAUCUACAUAUGUUGCCGUUGAAGACGCUUCCCAAGCUGCUCAAACAUGCCACUCCCAAUGGAAAUGGACGACUGCCUGGCUCCAGUAGUACCCCCGGGAGUCCGAGUCAAGGGCCCAUCGGCAGCCCUCGACGUCCCGAGUCCGCUCUGGCGUCCAUCAAAUAUGGUAGCAUCGCAGCUAGCGCCAGCACGAGCAGCCUCGCCAGUGACACGAGCAGCGCUGUCUCCGCGCUGGAGGCGGAGGAGAAAGCCCUCCGGGAGCGGCUGAUGGUGCUCGAGGAACAGAAGUUCUUCGUGUCGGAGAUGAUCGCCGACGCGAAUCGACGCCGCAAGUUCGAUGAGGUCAGCAGUCUGGCGAUGAAUGUCGAGGAUCUCACGCGGGAGAUAGACCGGGUCAACGGGAUGCUUGAUGGAUUAGACUUCGAGGGUGUCUACACCGGCAAUCGUCAGCCGGGUAGUUGA